AUGUUCUAUUUCAAUGCCAUCAAAUGUUUAUGUUUGAUAUUAUUCUUUUCAGAGUUUAAAAAUAUAUAUUUCCAAAUUAAUGUUUUUUCCUUUGUUGCGAAACUGUUUUCCAUUUUUUUGACAAACUCAGGAAUAAAAAGGAAACAUGCUACUGUUCAUUAUUCUAUCAUCGUUUUCAGUUGCUCAUUUCGCUCCAUUCGUUUUGUUGUUGGCGACAUGGAGUCUUUUGAAGUGAAAGGGGAUGAAUCACUUCGAUUUAAAAUCACACAUCCAUGUGUGCAAGACUCAAAUUACGUGAAAGAGAAUCUUUCAAAUAACAAAGUUAAUUUCUGUUUUCUUCACAAUCGCUUUGAAUUUAUACAUCAAUCUGACCAGAUCAUAUCAAGGUGUGGACAAUGUCUUCGGCUUAUUGGUCCAUCAAAUAGAGAGACGAUUUGCACCGUAUCAGGUUAUUUUACAAUGUCAUCUUCCUCGAAUACCACAGACAAUUUUGAAAAUGUCAUUGCAGUACCAAAAAACUUAUAUUCUCUAAUAUCUACCAACAUUGAAACGGAUUCUAGUUGGUUCUCACAAGUGACAGUCAACACGGGAGAUUGCAAUUUUAUCAACUCUCCAACACUUCUCCAAAUGAAAAAUGAAAGUGACUUUGCAAUACAAGCCUUUAAUUUUAACAAACCUUUAAAAAAACUUCAAAUAGGAUAUGAAGAUGUACAUGUAUCUGAAGAUCACAUGUUCCAUUUCAAAAAACAACCAACUGGGAAGGUUAAAGUGGAGUCUUAUUACGGCGAUAUCAUUUCUGGUAAUUUUGAUGAUUUUGAUGGUACCAAGCUGGACCUUGGAGAUCAAUUUCCAAAAACAAAUGACGAAAACUGCCCAUUCAUGCCAAACGUUCACAUUUACCAAAACACUUCAACACGAGAAAAAAACGACUUUAUUAAAUGGGGAUUUUACCAGACAAACCCCGACUUCACAGUGGAUGAUGUUGAAGAAAAAGAUGAUGGAAUUGAUUUUGUUUCUAAAGGAGGACGCAUGACAAUAGCCCUUCGAUACAACUCCCCAAUUCAAAUGGGAAAAUACUACAGUGAGUUGAUUAUUGAGAGUGAGAUUAACGGAUCCUUUAAUCUACUAAUGGCCAAUAUGGCGUUAAACAGAAAGAAAGAAAAUAUAUACAAUUUCGAUAUUGAGAAAGUUGAUGUGUUACUAAAGAAUAUAACAAUUGAAGAAGAAGUUGAUGGUGUGAAAACAAAAAAGAUAAGAGUAUUCUUUAGUAAAGGAAGUCGGGCGUUUUCUAACUUGCUGAUGAUCACCUUUUUCACCUCCAAAGGAAACAAACUUUCAAUUAAAAAUGCUUACAUUAAACCAAGACUUCAAAAAAAGGAAUUGGAGUGUCCAAUUGACAGUCUUGAUUGUAAAACCACUGAAUGUGAAAUAGAUUCACAGGAGACUGAAUUAUUUCAGAAAGAGUGUCAACCAUAUUGUGGGGCCUGUAAGACGGGGUUUCAAUGUUCGUCCCAAGGGAAGUGUGUAACACAAGAUAAUACCAACUCCAGAAAUCAAGGAAGUUUGAUGAUGAUUCUGGCAUGUGUUGUACUUCUCUUCUUUGUUUGA